UCUCCUUCUGUACACCCUCUUCAUCUCCUCCUCCUGCUUCUCCUCAAAAUUCUACUAACAACAUCUAGAUUUAUGUUUCUUCAUUUCUACAUUAUAAUUUUAUAAAUUAUUGAUUGAGGAAGAAGAAAGAAAUGGUGGAUGACUUCAUGGUGUGUGUGGACAGGAUAAUGGCUUCAGCUUGCUUUGAAGCCCCACAAACAUUACAACAACACAGUCAACAAAGUGAUAAUGUUGUGGUUGUGGUGAAAGAGCAAGAGAGGAAUGAAAGAAAUGGGGUUCUUGUUUGUGUGGGUGAUAAUAGUAAUAUUAAUAAUAUUAUUGUUAACAAUUUCAAGAAUGGAGAAGAAGGGUCUUCAGCUUCAGUUUCUAUUUCUGGAGGUUUGAAAAAUAAUAGUAGCAAUAAUAAUAAUAAUAACAAGAAGAAGAAAGUUGGUGACAUGAUUGUGGAGUGUAGGAUUUGUCAAGAGGAAGAUCAAAUUCAUUCCAUGGAAGCUCCUUGUGCUUGUAAUGGCACCCUCAAGUUUGCUCAUAGGAAAUGCAUUCAGAGAUGGUGUAAUAAAAAGGGUGAUAUCACUUGCGAAAUCUGCAAUCAGGUCUUUUCACCAAAUUAUUCUCUUCCGCCAGCCAGAACCAAUCCUGAUGUUAUGGCAAUUGAUAUCAGGCAAGCUUGGGGUCCCCACAUUGAUCUCCAUGAUUCUCACCUUCUAGCACUAGCAGCAGCUGAGCGUCAGUUUCUGCAAUCAGAGUAUGAGGAUUAUGCUGUUGCUAGUACAAGUAGCAUUGCUUGUCUCCGAUCUGUUGCUCUAAUUUUGCUGAUGGUUUGGCUUAUGCGCCAAGUUCUAAUGGCCACUAGAGAUUCAGGGAUGGUACAGGAAUCAUCAACGUUCUUCAACUUUCAGGUGUCACUUCUUCAGUUUGCUGGUUUUUUUCUGCCAUGCUACGUGAUGGCCCGCUCAUGGUACGUCAUGCAAAGCCGAAGGAGAAGACAGGGCUUAUUCGGGCAACAUUAAUGUUAGAUCGAUUCCUAAAAUUGAGGCCCUUUCGUGUUCUACGUCUCAUCUUGUUUAUGACAGGCAAGCGCUUUUGUAUAUGGUAAUUUCUAGUCUAAAUCAAAAGAUGCCAAAAUUGGCUGAAAACACUAUUGCAGAGGAAAUCCUUCAAGCUUCAUCACUUCGCUAAAAGCAGUUGAAAAAGAAAAAAAGAGGAAAAUCCUUUAGUUUUUGUUCAGCUCCCUUGAGAGCUCAGAAAUGUAAAUGUGAACAUUGGGUUCAUUAAGGGCUUUUGUUUCUCUAUGGUUUUCUUUUUCGUUUUUCCCUUUCCAUAUUCUACACAAUGUUAGGUUUCAUUAACGCAUUAGGCUUCUUCCUGUUAAAAGUGUGGUGAUGGCAUGUGGGCUCUCUAGUUAUGACCGUAUUGCAAUAGCAGUUGCUACAAGCCUGAUUCCGGACAGACUCGGAAGCCUGUUUUGCUUACUUGGCGGAUUAUGGUUAAAGAAAAAUUUAAUCUACUCAUGUCGUUAGUUUCUCUUCCGAGUCAUUUCAUUAUAUGUGUAAAGUAAAAAUCCAAUAUGAGUUCAAUAGAAUGAUUUGGAAAAUGAUAUAUUAGUGCUA